AUGACCACCAAUUCACCAUACCACAUAUUCCGCAAAAUGGCUGCCAGGGAGCCAUCCAGAUAUCUUACGAGGGCAUUGCCCCGGGCCUCAGCGCCCUCAAUUCGCCCUCAAGGCUUUUUAGCGCGCCGCAAUGUCUCCGACGAAGCCCCGGCUAGGCGUCUGUCCGACCACUUCACCGAUCUGGAAUCGGCGUCGUCACUGUCAACAGCUGUGCCAGAGAGCGUAGCAAAAUCAUUCGAUCCCCUCGCCCGCGCAGCUGCUCGCAAGGGUCAACUUCCCCGAGGCCGUACAACCGUGGUCCCCUCCACCCUCACCAACCUCCGCCGCCAUCCCACCCCCUCCUCCCGACUGUUCGUCCCUGGCCCCUUCUCCGCUCCCCGAGCAGAGCAGACCUUCGAGUCAACCGUCGCCUCCGACAUCAUGACCCUGUGCUACGUGCACACACCGCCGGGCUUUAAGCCUCCCCCUAAAGCCCCCCGUCUCCGCGAAUGGGACGACAGCUCACCAUACCACAUUAACCGUGUUCUCCGCGGACCCCGUGGUGGCGAUGUCCUGCGCCUUCUCCGCAAGCCGAUCAAGUUCAACAAUAUUCCGGAAGUCGAGCGCAUCACAAUUCACAGCUACGUCAAGAACGCCGCAGCUGAGAGGAACUCGUCUUGGCUGCAUGUCGCGGGUAUCGCUAUCCAGGCUAUUUCCAAUGUUCGCGUUGAGACUUUCAAAUCUAAGUCUAACGUUGCUACUUGGGGUAUUGCGUCUGGUCGUGACUCCGUCGCUGUUAAGGCUGAACUGAAGGGCGAGAACAUGUACCACUUCCUUAGUAAGCUGGUUGAUGUUGUCUUGCCCCGUAUCAAGGAUUGGGAGGGUGUCAAGGGCUCGAGUGGUGAUAGCAGUGGUAACAUUACCUUCGGUUUGGUGCCGGAGAAUGUUGCUUUGUUCCCUGAGCUUGAGGUCAACUACGACAUGUAUCCCCCCAAGAUGAUCCCUGGUUGCCACAUCACUCUUCACACUACCGCCAAAACUGACAAGGACGCCCGUUUGCUCUUGAGCGCUAUGGGUAUUCCUUUCUACGGAAAGAUCGUGAACUAG